AUGGAGUCCAUGCUGAAUAAAUUGAAGAGUACCGUUACAAAGGUAACGGCUGAUGUCACCAGUGCAGUCAUGGGAAAUCCUGUUACCAGGGAAUUUGAUGUUGGCCGACAUAUUGCCAGUGGUGGUAAUGGUCUUGCUUGGAAGAUAUUUAAUGGAACUAAAAAGUCAACAAAACAGGAAGUGGCUGUUUUUGUCUUUGAUAAGAAGCUAAUAGACAAGUAUCAAAAAUUUGAAAAGGAUCAGAUUAUUGAUUCUUUAAAACGAGGUGUUCAGCAGCUAACCAGGCUUAGACACCCUCGUCUACUUACUGUUCAGCAUCCGUUGGAAGAAUCCAGGGAUUGCUUGGCAUUUUGUACAGAACCAGUCUGUGCAAGUUUAGCUAAUGCUCUUGGCAACUGGGAAAACCUACCUUCUCCUUUACCAUCUGACAUUAAAGAAUACAAACUUUAUGAUGUCGAGACCAAAUACGGUUUGCUUCAGGUUUCUGAAGGCUUGUCAUUUCUACAUAGCAGUGUGAAAAUGGUCCAUGGAAAUAUUACUCCUGAAAACAUAAUUUUGAAUAAGAGUGGAGCCUGGAAAAUUAUGGGCUUUGAUUUUUGUAUCCAGUCAACAAAUCCAUCUGAACAGGAGCCGAAGUUCCCUUGUAAGGAAUGGGAUCCAAACCUGCCAUCCUUGUGUCUUCCAAAUCCUGAAUAUCUGGCACCGGAAUAUAUUCUGUCUGUGAGCUGUGAGACAGCCAGUGAUAUGUACUCUCUAGGAGCUGUUAUGUAUGCAGUGUUUAAUAAAGGGAAACCAAUUUUUGAGGUCAACAAGCAGGAUAUUUAUAAAAGCUUUAGCAGGCAGCUGGAUCAGCUGAGCCGUUUAAGCUCCAAUACUCUUCAGAAUAUACCAGAAGAGGUGCGCGAACAUGUAAAGCUGCUCCUAAAUGUAGCUCCAGCAGUCAGACCAGACGCAGAUCAAAUGACUAAGAUACCAUUCUUCGAUGAUGUAGGAGCAAUGACGCUUCAGUAUUUUGAUUCAUUAUUUCAAAGGGAUAACCUUCAGAAAUCACAGUUUUUUAAAGGUCUACCAAAGGUUCUGCCAAAGCUACCUAAGCGUGUCAUAAUUCAGCGAAUUUUGCCUUGCUUGACUUCUGAAUUUGUGAACCCUGAUAUGGUACCUUUUGUUUUGCCUAACGUUCUCCUAAUUGCUGAGGAGUGCACCAAAGAAGAAUAUAUCAGGCUCAUUCUGCCUGAUCUUGGUCCUGUUUUUAAGCAGCAAGAACCAAUCCAGAUCUUGUUGAUCUUCCUGCAAAAAAUGGAUUUGCUUCUAACCAAAACUCCACCGGAUGAAAUAAAGAACAGUGUCCUACCAAUGGUUUAUAGAGCCUUGGAAGCACCUUCAAUUCAGAUCCAGGCUCUAUGCCUAAACAUAAUUCCCACAUUUGCCAAUUUAAUAGAUUACCCAUCCAUGAAAAAUUCCUUAAUUCCAAGAAUUAAAAAUGCAUGUUUGCAAACUUCUUCUCUUGCUGUCCGGGUAAACUCACUAGUGUGCUUAGGAAAGAUUUUGGAGUACUUGGAUAAAUGGUUUGUGCUUGAUGAUAUUUUACCUUUUCUACAACAAAUUCCAUCCAAGGAACCUGCAGUGCUAAUGGGAAUUUUAGGUAUUUACAAAUGUACGUUUACUCAUAAGAAGUUGGGAAUUACCAAAGAACAACUUGCUGGAAGAGUAUUGCCCCAUCUCAUUCCUCUUAGUAUUGAGAACAAUCUUAAUCUCAAUCAGUUCAAUUCUUUUAUUUGUGUUAUAAAAGAUAUGCUUAACAGAUUGGAGUCAGAGCAUAAAACCAAACUUGAGCAACUUCAUGUCAUGCAAGAACAACAGAAGUCUUUGGAUAUAGCUAACCAAAUGAGUGUGUCUGAAGAGGCAAGAUCUAGUAGUACAAGUAAUCAGAUUGACAAGGUAUUUAAUACUAGUGGAACUGACCUUCUAAGUAGUGGAUGUGAUAGUAAAGAGAACGACAUGUCAUCAAAACAGAAAAAGGCAUCACUUACACUUGAAGAGAAGCAAAAGUUAGCUAAAGAACAAGAACAGGCACAGAAACUGAAGAGCCAGCAACCUCUUAAGCCACAAGCAACUGCAGUGACCCCUCCAGUGAAGCAGACAAAAGACUUGACAGAUACCUUGAUAGACAAUAUGUCGUCAUUGACUUGCCAUUCUGUCAACAAAGUUAACGUUGCAUCUUCAAACAGCUUCUCUUCUGUCCCUCCUAUGGGUGUUGGAAUGGGUUUUUCAUCACCUGUUGACAACACAAAGAGGAACGUGACAAACGGACUAAAUACUAAUAUGGGGUUUCAGACUGCUGGAUUCAGUAUGGGAGCUGGUCCCACCACUCAGAAUUUCUUCAGUGGUCCAAGCGCAGCAGGAACAACCAAGAUGAACAUUGUUCCAACUGCCAGUAUGCCAAAUUACAGUCCUAUGAAUGCUGCGUCUGCAAUCUCUCCACUGACACAACAAAACAGACCCCCAGAUAUGUCAGCUUUAGAUAAUCUUUUUGGUCCUCAAAAACCCAAAGUUAGUAUGAAACAGUUGGCUCAACAGAAAUCAAGCCAGUGGGUUAAUCAGUUUGUACCCCCACAAGGGUCCCCAAGCGCGAGCAGUUCAGUCCUGGGACCUCAGAUGAACAUGAUAGGACAGCCUGGCUUCGGUAUACAGGGUAAUCCUUUCUUUGCUCCUCAGAACUUUGCACAACCAGCAAACACAAUGGCAAACAGCAGCUCGGCUAGUAAUGACUUAAAAGAUCUCUUUGGGUAAAAUGUCUUCUUCUUUCAAAGAUGAUGAAACUCAGAUCAUGGGUAAGCUGAUUAACGUCUGGUUUUCGAUUAGUAAAAGCAUGACUUGGAAACUUUCAGCCCAGCAAAGACUUUUGCACUGGACAAAAGACUGAUUUUGCAUUCACCUGGUACUGCAGUGGAAUUGCUAAGUGCAAAGUCACCUUACGUGCUAAAGACUUCCUGUCUCUUCACCAAACAUCAGAGCACCGAAGGUAGGAUGCAUAGACUCAAUCGAAACAGAAGCAGCCAAGUAUUCCAGAAUUAUCCAGAAAUGUACUCGGUCA